AUGGGGAAGAAUAAAAAGGCGAAGACCCUGACACAGGAAGAGAUCUGGGACGACUCUGCUCUACUUCAGUCUUGGGAUGAAGCUGUUGAGGAAUACCAGCUUUAUCACAGCAUUCACGCCAAAGGUGAAAAUGUUGAAGAUGCCUUGAGAGAGGCAGAGGAGUCUGGACUUAUUGUCGAGGGUGAAAUUAUCGAGGCUGAAGUCGAAGUCGAUGCCGCCGAGAAUGAUGCUAUUACCGCGAACGAGGAUACAUCAAUGAACAUCGAUGAACCUGCCCAGGCUUCUCAACCCGUGAAUGGCCCUGGCCCUGGAGUCUCUACCACCACCCCACCGAUGCCCCAUCCCGCUAUGGCUAAUGUUCAAGAUGAGGCGUUGAAGAACCUCAUGAUGUCUUGGUAUUAUGCUGGAUACUACACAGGAGUCUACGAAGGCCAACAGCAGGCAACCCGAGAGAAGCGCUCGUGA